AUGGCUGCUCAAUCGAAACUGCUCCUCCCCGAACGCUCUGUACGGCAGCUCUUCUCUAGCAUAGCAUCACUAUACCUCCGUAACCGGACCAAGAUCUCUCGCACAGUUUAUCUUGCUCUCUUCGCAGCCCUUGUCAAACGCAUCCAUAAUGCCAUCUCUGAGCAGAAGGCGGCCUCGCAACAUCAGGUGGAGCUGCGCCGAAGACCUGGAACCAGCAGUCUCGGUGGCGGCGGCGAUAAACCACGGAUAAAAGUUGGCGUGAAUCGAGAGUUCUUUCGGAAUUUGGCUCGUCUGCUGAAGAUUGUCAUCCCCAGUUGGCGCAGUAAAGAGCUUCGCCUGCUGGUUAGCCACAGUGUCUUCUUGGUGCUGCGGACUUUGCUUAGUCUCUACGUGGCCGAGCUGGAUGGUAGAUUGGUCAGUAAUUUGGUCCGGGGGAAGGGAAAGCACUUCUUGCUAGGGCUAGUUUGGUGGAUGAUUGUUGCGGUACCUGCAACAUUUACGAAUUCUAUGCUUUCUUAUCACCAAUGCAAGCUCGCUCUCAGCUACCGAAAGCGCCUCACCGAUCACAUUCAUGAGAAAUACCUGAAGAACAUGACUUUCUAUGCGAUUUCCGCUUUGGACGACCGGGUUAAGAAUCCUGACCAGUUAAUCACAGUGGAUGUGUCUCGAUUCUCCGAUAGCUUGGCGGAACUAUAUUCCAACCUUGCCAAGCCGAUUUUGGACAUGGUUAUCUACAACUACUCACUUUCCAAGAGUGUGGGCGGCGAAGGCCUCUUCAUUAUGAGUCUCUUGGUUCAAUUAUCCGCUAACGUCAUGCGCGCCUUAACACCGCCAUUUGGCAAAUAUGUCGCGGACGAGGCCCGUCUGGAAGGUGAAUUCAGAUUCCUACAUUCGAGAUUGAUCGACUACAGCGAAGAGAUCGCGCUAUACCAUGGCCACGAGGCGGAGAAGGAUACUCUAGAUAAAGGCUAUUUCACACUGAUUAGACAUGUGAAUCGCAUUCUGCGGAGGCGUUUAUACCAUGGCUUUAUGGAGGAUUUUGUUAUAAAAUAUUUCUGGGGCGCUUUGGGUUUGAUUCUAUGCAGUAUUCCUGUCUUCUUUAAGGUUCCUGGUCAAAUCACCCAGACUAUGGGAGACCGUACAGAGAGUUUUGUCACGAACCGACGAAUGCUACUAUCUUCCUCGGACGCCUUUGGUCGUUUGAUGUUCUCCUACAAGGAGAUUUCAGAGCUGGCAGGCCAUACGGCCCGUGUUUCCUCAUUACUGGAGGUCAUGGAUGACCUGCUGGCCGGGCGCUUCGAGAAAAAGCUGGUCUCCUCCGCUUCAACAGAGGAAAACGCGGCCGUCUUGUCUGGCCGCGGAGUCGUCGAGGAAAGCGACUCCAUCGAGUUCACCGAAGUCCCCAUCGUGUCGCCCAACGGCGACGUACUCAUCCGGAAGCUAACCUUCACCGUCCAUCCUGGCGACCAUCUCUUAAUCGUUGGUCCCAACGGAUGCGGCAAAUCAUCCCUUUUCCGAAUCCUCGGCGGCCUGUGGCCCGUCUACGGCGGUAGAGUAAAGAAACCCCGCUUCGACGAGAUCUUCUACAUCCCUCAACGCCCUUACCUCUCCCGGGGCACUCUCCGCCAGCAGGUCAUCUACCCGGACGGCCUGCGUGAGAUGCGCGCAAGAAACAUCACCGACGAAGACCUAUAUGAAAUCCUUUCCAUCGUUGAAAUCGCGUCUGUCGUUGAUCGCCCCGGCGGCUGGGACGCCGAAGAAGAAUGGCGCGAUGUGCUCUCCAUCGGUCUCCAGCAGCGCAUAGCAAUGGCCCGGCUCUUCUACCACCGCCCGAAAUUCGCGAUUCUCGACGAGUGCACCUCCUCCGUAACCCUGGACAUCGAACGAGUCAUGUACGAGACGGCCAAGAAACUAGGCACAACCCUCAUGACGGUCUCCCAUCGUAGAAGUCUCUGGAAGUACCAUAGGAAGAUUCUCCAGUUUGACGGGCAAGGCGGGUAUGUCUUUACAGCGCUGGACUGGGAAAGAAGAAUGAAGCUCGAGGAUGAGAAAGAAGAACUAGAUCUCCACCUUCGUGCUGUCCCAGAGCUUCGGAAACGUAUGGCCGAGCUAACAUCUUUUUAA